AUGUCUUGCUGUAAGACCUUUUCUAAUUUGACUAAAUACACAACUAAGUUAAACUUGCUUCGGUAUUACAUUGGUGGAUUCCUUAUGAAUAUGUCAACUUAUUUCUUUUGGUUAGUUGUUCCUCUUCUUAUGCAAGAUAGAGAUGCUUCAUCUUUUCAAAUUGCCUUAGCUGAUGGUAUUACUUUUGGAUUAACUGGUAUUGUUUCACCGUUUAUGGGGUUUAUUGCUGAUAAAACAGACCCUGCACUAAUGUGUCGAAUCUCUUUUAUAUUACAAGCAACAUGUAGUUUAACUAUUGGGUUAAUUUAUAUUAAGACAGAGUCAAUUUUACCAAUUUAUUUUCUUCUUCUUCAACAAUCAGCUGCUUUAGCUUUCUUUUGGUCACCAUGCGAAAGUUUAAUUACAACAGAAUCAUAUAAAGGAGAAGAAAAUAAAAAGUUAUCAAUGUUUGCAUUAUGUUGGUCAUUAGGAAAGGCAAUUGGAUUUUUAUUAGGAGGAACAUUAAAAGUUAAGCUUGGUGCUAAUUCUUCUCUAUUACUAUGUGGAGGAUUAACUAUGUUAGCGUAUAUCCUAUUUCCAACUUUACCACAAAAGAACCAUUUAAUUGAACGGCCAAAGAAGAAAAAGAAACAAAGUAAAGAAGGUAAUGAGAAAGAGAUGAAUGAUGAGUUAAAUACAGAAAAUAUUUCUGGUUCAGAAACAAAACAAGUUGGUUGGAAAGAAAGAAUAAAUCAAAUUAAUCAUCCACAACCACCAAAAUAUAUUCUUUAUUAUUUUAUCAAUGCACUUAUUCUUCAUUUCCAUGUUUAUGGAACAAUAGCAAUUUUAUGUAAUCAAUAUAUUUUAUAUGCAGUUGAUAGAGAAAUUGUUUUAAAUGGUAUGAACGAUGAUCCAGAAGUAUACUUAAGUGUUUUCCUUGGAAUUAUUUACUUCUCACAAACGAUUUGUUUCUUUAUUAUUGGAUACAUUGAAGCAUGGCAAUAUAAAAUGAUUCUUAGUACAGUCAUGUCAAUUGUUUUAGGGUUAGUAUGUCUUGCAUUAAAUUUCAUCAAAAAUGGUUGGGUUUGUUUAAUUUUUGCAAUUCCAACUGGCUUCAUUUCUGGACUAGAUCUUCAAAUGAAUGUACUGUAUUCUGUUAAAGUCUCAGCUAAAAGAAGAGGGUUGAUGAUGGGAUUAGUAGAAAUGGUUGGAGAAUUAACUUGUUGUCUUUCUCCUGUUGUUGCUGGUUUAAUAUCAACACAAACAGAUAACUUAGAAUGGUCUCAAUGGGUUGGAUUAAUAUGGGGUGGAAUUGCUACUGUGGGAUGUCUUACAACACAAACAUUGAAUUGUAUUGUUUUAAAAAAACAAAAAGAAUUAAAAAAAGAAGUAGAAGAUAAUGAUGUUGAAAUAGAUAUUGAUUCUAUAAAAGAAAAUAAUCAAAAUUCUGAUGAAACAAUAAAAAAUGAUGAAGAAAAGUAA